UUUAAAGUCGGGGCAAGACGCCUCCUCACCUGCGUCGUCGCCGCCGCUGUCGGGCCGGCGGCGAGUGUGUCUGGGGGACUCGCGGCCUGUGUUUCGGGGUGCGGUUGGCGUUGUGCGCGGGGCGCCAUGGCGGCGGCGGCGGAAGCCCCCCGGGCUGCCCUGGCGGCGCGGCGCGGCUGCGGGGCCGCCGGGGAGCCGGGCCCGCCGCCCGUGCUCAUCCUCAGCCACUUCUGCCCGCGGCCCUUCGUGUGCUUCGGGGCCCUGCGGCCCGGCGCCUCCCGGGCGCUGCCGCUCGCCGUGCUCAACCCCAACGCCGAGCCGGCCGCCGUGGCGCUGCCCCCGGGGCCCGCCGCCGAGCGCGGCUUCCUGGUCCGGCCGCGCGCCUUCCGGCUGCAGCCGAAAGAAAAGAUCGUCAUAUCUGUGAUCUGGACGCCAGUGAAAGAAGGCCGAGUCCGAGAGGUCCUGACGUUUGUUGUCAAUGACAUUCUGAAGCACGAGGUCAUACUGCUAGGAAACGCCGAGGAGCCCAGAAAGAAAAAGAGGAGUCUUUGGGACACCAUUAAGAAGAAAAAAGCUUCGGCCUCCUCAGGCCACAAGAAAAGGAUUCCGAAUAUUCCGAGUGUGAACCAGACGUUCAGCGUCCUGCCCAAAGCAGACAGAGUCAGGAGCCCCCUCCAGGCCUGUGAAAACCUGGGUGCGAACGAAGGCUGUGCCCCAGCAGCCAGCGGUUCUCUCCUCCUCCAGGAGAACAGAAUACCCAUCUCGCCCAUCAGCCCCGCUCUGGAGGAAUGCCGCGGGGACGCGUGCCUGCCCCUGUGCGUCCGGCGGUCCACCACCUACACGGCGCUCCAGGCACCUGGCAGCGGGCAGCUGUGGGCACUGGGAGGUGCCCCCGUGUGCCAGGAGUUCACCGAGAACGUCACGCUGGAAAGUUCCGUGGACUCCUUGACGGAUGAUGUCAACGGACCCAUGGAAGAGGCCGGUAAACGCUUUCUCACCCCAAGCUGCCCUUCCACGUGGGGCGUUCACCGGAGCCACGGGGACUGUCUGAGCCCCGGUUCCUUUCUGAGGAGCAGCCACGGGGCCGGCGAUAAACCGGCGCCGGCGACGUGCGUCUCCCCGGACGUGUUUCCGAAAGCGGGUUCGAGGCCCAGGCCCGUGGAACCAGACACCAUCCAUGGCACGUAUCAGGCCAUUUUAAGUCCCGAUUCCUUCCUCAAGGACAAUUACGGGCUAAGCCAGAAGCUGGAAGCGGAGCCCGUGAACCUGUUUGUGUCCCCAAACCAGUUUGUCCGAGAGAACAUGCCACAUUUAUGUGUAGCUCAGCCAACGUGUCAGUUGUCGCCGCUCUCCAAAGAGAAUUCUCAGGCCCCGCCGUCUCCCCCGGGGCAGAAAGAAAGUGAAGAUUUACCGCCUAUUCCUGGAAGCCGGGGCUCGAACUCUCCAGAAGCUGUCUUCGAAGAACCCGCGGCUUUGGAAGCGAUGCCGGAUGGUUCCGGUUUCACAGAACAGAAGCGGCCCUGGCUGCCCGCAGCCCAAACUGCCGCCGGACCGCACCCCGGGGCCCAGCCCCCGCGCCGCCCCAUCCUCUCGGCCACGGUCACGAAGCCGAGGCCGCCGGGGCCCCGGGCGCACGCGGGCACCAGCGCCCCGAGGGCCAGGCGGUGCCUCCGCGGCGCUGUCGGCGGCUGUGGGAGCCCCGCGGACGACCCCGAGGGAGACGGCGCCCUUCGCCCCCCGCUCCCGGUCAUCGAUCCCGCCGGGAGCAGCUCUCUGGGGAGCGGAAGAGCCCCCCGCUCCCCCCAGAGCGCCCUCACGGCGGCGCGGAAGAGGAAGAGCGGGGGCAGCGGCGAGGACGCGCGCGGGCCGCCGGCUGGCCCCCCAGAGGGACGGGAGAGCAAGAGGACCCACCUCUGUCCCCCGGAGCCCCGGACCUCCACCGCCAGGAAGACCAGAGCGCCGGGGACGCCCGGCCCGCAGCGUCCGGGCAGCGGGAGGAGGUCACUCCCCAGGACGAGGGCCGAUUCUUUAGUUUUCAAAACUCCUAAACCUAAAACACACAGACGGACACCACGCAUGGUUCCUGUGGCCCAGGCUAGUCUGACCUUCAUUAAACGCUUGAAAACAGACGUCCCCCGGCACCCGAUGCCCUUCGCCGCCAAGAACGUGUUCUAUGACGAGCGCUGGAAGGAGAAGCAGCAGCUGGCCCUCACGUGGUGGCUCAACUUCCUCCUGACGCCGGACGACCUGGCCGUGAGGACGCAGGUCCCGGAGGUGAACGCCGCCACGCUGCUCCUGGGCGCCGAGAGCCACCACAAGCCGAGCGUGGCCCGCGCGCCCACCAAGGAGGAGGUGUCGCUGCGGGCGUACACGGCCCGGCGCCGGCUGAACCGCCUGCGGCACGCGGCCUGCCGCCUGUUCACGGCGGACGGCAUGGUGCAGGCCAUCAGGAAGCUGGAGGGGGAGAUCGCAGCCCGGCGGCUGGCGGUCCGGAGGGACAGGCGGCUCUGGAAGGACGUGGGGGAGCGGCAGAAGGUCCUCAGCUGGCUGCUGGCCUACAACCCGCUGUGGCUGCGCAUCGGCCUGGAGACGGUGUUCGGGGAGCUCAUCGCUCUGGAAGACAACAGCGACGUCACGGGGCUGGCCGUGUUCAUCCUGAGCCGCCUCCUGUGGAACCCCGACAUCGCCGCCGAGUACAGACACCCCUCCGUCCCCCACCUGUACCGAGACGGCCAUGAGGAAGCCCUCUCGGCCUUCACGCUCAAGAAGUUCGUGCUGCUGGUCUGCUUCCUGGACCGCGCCAAGCUCUCCCGGCUCAUCGACCACGACCCCUGUCUCUUCUGCAAAGACGCCGAGUUCAAGGCGAGCAGAGACGUCCUGCUGGCCUUCUCCCGGCGCUUCCUCAGCGGGGAGGGCGACCUGUGCCGCCACCUGAGUGGGCUGGGGCUGCCCGUCAGCCACGUGCAGACGCCCCUGGACGAGUUCGACUUCGCCGUCACCAACCUCGCCGUGGACCUGCAGUGCGGGGCGCGCCUCGUGCGCGCCGUGGAGCUGCUCACGCGGAACUGGGGGCUCUCCAGGCAGCUCCGCAUGCCCGCCAUCAGCCGCCUCCAGAAGGUGCACAACGUGGACCUCGCUCUGCAGGCGCUGCGCGCCCGGGGCGUCUCCUUACAGGACGAGCAGGGAAGCGCCAUCCUGGCCAAGGACAUCGUGGACCGGCACCGGGAGAAGACACUGGCGCUGCUCUGGAGGAUGGCGCUGGCCUUCCAGGUGGACAUCGCUCUCAAUGCGGACGAGCUAAAGGAAGAAAUCGACUAUUUGAGGAGCGCGUGGAGGGCGAGGAAAAGCUCGCCUGCGCCCUCCCGCCGCGCGGACACGGCUCUCCGUGAGCAGACGGACCAGGAGCGCCCCGAGAGCGUGCGGCUGCUGCUGGAGUGGGCGCGGGCCGUGUGCGCCUUCUACGGUGCCCAGGUGGACAACUUCACCGUGUCCUUCUCGGACGGCCGCCUGCUGUGCUACCUGAUCCACCACUACCACCCGCGCUGCGUGCCGCUGGCCGCCAUCCGCCAGCGCACCUCGCAGACCGUGGAGUGCGCGCAGUCCGGCUCCGUGGUCCUCAACUCCUCGUCCGAGUCCGAGGACAGCGGCCUGGACCUGUCCCUGCGAGCCCUGGAGCUGCGGCAGGCCGGGACAGCCCCCGAGGAGCUGCACCGGGAGCUUCUGGAGAACGAGAGGAGGAACUUCCAGCUGGUGAGCUCCGCGGCCCGGGACCUGGGCGGCAUCCCGGCCAUGGUCCAGCACGCGGACAUGUCCAACACCAUCCCGGACGAGAAGGUGGUGAUCACCUACCUGUCCUUCCUCUGCGCGCGGCUGCUGGACCUCCGCCGGGAGAGCCGGGCCGCGCGGCGCAUCCAGGCGGCGUGGCGGGAGCACCGGCUGCGGGCGGAGCGGUGCUGCCGGCAGGAGCGAGACCGAGCUGCCAGCGUCCUCCAGGCGGCCGUGCGGGGCUUCCUGGCCAGACGGCGCCGGCGGAGGGAGGCGCGGGCCGCGCUGGCCGUCCAGAGGCGCUGGCGGGCGCUGUGCCGGCGGCGGGCAGCCCUGCGGGCCGAGCGGGAGCGCCGGGAGAGAGCGCGGAACCAGGCGGCGGCCGUGAUCCAGAGACACUGGAGGAGGUUUUCCGCCCGGAGGCGGUUCCUGAGGCUGAGGCACUGCUGCGUGGUCCUGCAGGCCCGUUGGAGGAUGGUCGCCGCCGUCACCGCGCACCGCCGCCACCUGCGGGCCGCGGUCGCCAUCCAGCGGCGCUGGCGGGCGCUCCUGCAGGGCCGGGCGGAGCGCGCCCGCUUCCUGCAGGCCCGGGCCGCGGCCCUCCGGCUGCAGGCGCACUGGCGGAGGCGGCGGGAGCGAGCGCGGUUCCUGAGCCUCCGGGAGGCGGCCGUCAGGCUGCAGGCGCUCGUGAGAGGACACCAGCAGCUGCGGAGAUACGGGAGGCUGAGGAGCGCCGCCCUCGUGAUCCAGGCGCGUUUCCGAGCUCGCGUGGCGGCCCGGGGCGCGCUGGCGGCUUACCGGGAGACGCGCGCGGCCGUGCUGGUGCUGCAGGCUGCGUGGCGGGGGCUGCGGGCCCGGAGGACAUUCCAGCGUGUCCGCAUGUCCGCCGUGACCAUCCAGUCCCACUACCGCGCUCACGUGGCCAGAAGGAGCUUCCUGCGCCUGAGACACGCCGCCGUCCGGCUGCAGGCCUUCGCCCGGGGCCGCCUGGCCCGCCGGCGGCUGGGGCAGCAGAGGGCGGCCGCCGUCACGCUGCAGGCCUUGUUCCGCAUGCGGGCGGCCCGGCGGCGCUUCCUGCGAGUGCGCCGGGCGGCUCUGCUCAUCCAGCGGCUCUACCGCGCCCGCCAGGCACUGCUCAGCCGGCGGAGGCACCGCCAGGUGCUCAGGGCCGCCACCUGCCUGCAGGCCGCGUUCCGGGGCCACCGGGCGCGCCGGCUCCUCCAGCGCCAGGCUGCGGCCGCAUGCACCAUCCAGGCCGCGUUCCGGGGCCACCGGGCGCGCCGGCUCCUCCGGUGCCAGGUCGUGGCUGCGUGUACCAUCCAGGCCGCGUUCCGAGGCCACCGGGCGCGCCGGCUCCUCCAGCGCCAGGCUGCGGCCGCAUGCACCAUCCAGGCCGCGUUCCGGGGCCACCGGGCGCGCCGGCUCCUCCAGCGCCAGGUCGUGGCCGCGUGUACCAUCCAGGCCGCGUUCCGAGGCCACCGGGCGCGCCGGCUCCUCCAGCGCCAGGCUGCGGCCGCGUGCACCAUCCAGGCCGCGUUCCGGGACCACCGGGCGCGCCGGCUUCUCCAGCGCCAGGCUGCGGCCGCGUGCACCAUCCAGGCCGCGUUCCGGGGCCACCGGGCGCGCCGGCUCCUCCAGCACCAGGCUGCGGCCGCAUGCACCAUCCAGGCCGCGUUCCGGGGCCACCGGGCGCGCCGGCUUCUCCAGCGCCAGGUCGUGGCCGCGUGUACCAUCCAGGCCGCGUUCCGAGGCCACCGGGCGCGCCGGCUCCUCCAGCGCCAGGCUGCGGCCGCGUGCACCAUCCAGGCCGCGUUCCGGGACCACCGGGCGCGCCGGCUUCUCCAGCGCCAGGCUGCGGCCGCGUGCACCAUCCAGGCCGCGUUCCGGGGCCACCGGGCGCGCCGGCUCCUCCAGCGCCAGGCUGCGGCCGCAUGCACCAUCCAGGCCGCGUUCCGGGGCCACAGGGAGCGGGCGCGCCGGCUCCUCCGGCGCCAGGCUGCGGCCGCAUGCACCAUCCAGGCCGCGUUCCGGGGCCACCGGGCACGCCGGCUCCUCCGGCGCCAGGCUGCGGCCGCGCAGACCAUCCAGGCCGCGUUCCGAGGCCACCGGGCGCGCCGGCUCCUCCAGCGCCAGGCCGCGGCCGCGUGCACCAUCCAGGCCGCGUUCCGGGGCCACAGGGAGCGGGCGCGGUUCCGGGCGGUGCUCCGGGCCGCCGUCACCGUCCAGAGGUGGUACCGGGCCUGCACGGCAGCUCGGGACCGGAGAGCUCGGGCUGCGAAGGCGCGAACGGCGGCGCUCGCUCUGCAGGCGGCCUAUCGCGGCUGGAGGGUGCGGGCGCAGGUCCGCCGGGAGCGGCGGGCGGUGCUGAGGAUCCAGGCCGCGUUCUGCGCGGCCCGGGCCCGGAGGCGGUUCCAGCGGCUGCGAGCGGCCGCGCUGGUCCUGCAGCGGCGCUGGAGGGCGAGGGCCGCGGGGCGGAGGCAGCGAGCGGCGUACACCGGGCUCCGGCGGGCGGCGCUGACCCUGCAGGCCGCGCGGAGGGGGUGGGCGGCCAGGAGGCAGAUCCAGAGGCGACACGCGUGCGCCGCCGUCAUCCAGGCCCGGUUCAGGGCGCGCAGGGCCCGGAGGAGGUACGCGGCCUGCAGGGCCGCCGCCAUCGCCAUCCAGCGGUGGUACCGGCAGGUCAGCGCCGCCCGCCAGCAGCGCAGGCACUACCUCCGGCUGCAGGAGGCAGCGGUCCGCAUGCAGGCAGCCUUCCGGGGCCAGCGGGCCAGGAGGCAGCUGCAGCGCAUGCACAGGGCGGCCGCCGCCAUCCAGGCCGCGUUCCGGAUGCACCGGGCACGGGAGAGGUUCCGCCGGGCGAGAGCGGCCGCCGUGGCCAUCCAGAGGAGGUUCAGGGCCCGUCGCCAGGGCCGGGCGCAGCGCGCGCAGUUCGUGGCCGUCCUGCGGGCCGUGCGUGUGCUGCAGGCGAGCUGGCGAGGAGCGCGAGCCGGGCGGCCGCGGCGGGCGGCCGCGCUGAUCCAGCGCUGCUACCGCGGGCACCGAGCACGCACGUCCUUCCUCCGGCUCCGGCGGGCCGCAGAGACCGCGCAGCGCCGGCACCGCGCGGCCGGCACCCUCCAGGCCGCCGCCCGCGGCUGGCUGGUGCGGGAGCGGCUGCGGGAGAUGCACCGGGCGGCCGCCGUGGUCCAGGCCGCGUUCAGGGCGCACCGAGCGCAGGCCGGGUACCGGGCCCUCAAUCAGGCCUCGGUCCUGGUGCAGGGGCGGCACCGAGCCUGCCGAGCGGCGAGGCUGCGGGGAGAGGAGUAUGUCGGACAGCCGGGAGCAGCCCGACAGCGGGGUAGAGAGGAGUGUGUCGGACAGCGGGGAGCAGCCGGACAAUGGGGAGCAGCCGGACAGCGGGGAGCAGCCGGACAGUGGGGUAGAGAGGAGUGUGGCGGACAGCGGGGAGCAGCUGGACAGUGGGGAGCAGCCGGACAGCGGGGUAGAGAGGAGUAUGUCGGACAGCGGGGUGCAGCCGGACAAUGGGGAGCAGCCGGACAUUGGGGAGCAGCCGGACAGCGGGGUAGAGAGGAGUAUGUCGGACAGCGGGGAGCAGCUGGACAGUGGGGAGCAGCCCGACAGCGGGGUAGAGAGGAGUGUGUCGGACAGCGGGGUGCAGCCGGACAAUGGGGAGCAUCCGGACAGUGGGGAGCAGCCGGACAGCGGGGUAGAGAGGAGUAUGUCGGACAGCGGGGUGCAGCCGAGGUCCUGCCGGCCACACCGGAGGGAGAGGAGGCAGGACGGCGCUCGCAGGAGCAGCUCGGAGCCGCUGUGCUCACUCAGCGCGCGCACCGGAGGCACCGGCAGCGCCUCCCCCACCAGCAGCUUUGGGGGGCCCCCACGGAGACCCGGGAAAGACACAGAGCCAAUGAGAACGGGGCGCUGGAUCACCGCGCGCUCGAGAAGGCGGCGGGGGAGCGGAGUGCGGAGCCGCGCCCGGCGGCCGGCACUGUCCAGCCGUGUCCCAGAGGCGGCAGAACGGGGACGCGUUCCCUCCGCUCCAGAGCAGCCGUGGUGGUGGCUCAGAGAAGACGCCGAGGGGCCCCCGGACGGCCGUCUUCCUGCAGCCGUUUGUGGGGACCCAGGGACUUCGACCGCAGGCCCUGGGCCACCACCCUCAUCCAGGCCUGGCACCCGAUGCCCAGGGCCCGCGCCGCCUACAGAGCCAGGAGAAGGGCGGCCGCCGUUCCGCAGAGUCACUGCCGGUCCCCGAGGGGGGGCUGGGCGCUGGGAGAGGCCUCCGAGGGCGCCGGGCCCCCUGCGUCCCACGGGGACGGGGCUGGCGCUCAGCAGGGCGCCGCCCGGAGCCCAGCGGCCAGGCCGCGCUCGGGGCCCGGGUCCUCCCCGGCUGCUCCCUGUCCGGGAGAGGCUGCGGGCACCGGCCCGCCCGCUCUCCGGGCACCGGCCCCCGGCGCGCUGGGAGCCGGGGAGCGGGCCGCCCUCCGAGUGGCCGGGUGUCCGGGCAGGUCCGUCCGGCGGAGGAGGGCUGUGGUUCCCCUGCCGCUGUCCCUCCGGGCUCGGUGGGCCCGGAGGCGGGUGCUGCCGCGGAGGGGAGCGGCGGUCACCGCGCAGGAUCGCCGCCGCGCCCGUGUGUCCGCGAGGCUCCGCAGCGCCAUCGUCAUCCAGGCGUGGGCGCGGGGCUUUCUGCAGAGGCGGAGGCUCCAGGAGGCCAGAGCCAGCGCCCUGACGAUCCAGCAGGCUGCGUGGCGGAGCUACAGGGAGCGGCGGCAGGCGCGGGCCGAGGAGGCGGCCUGCAGGAUCCAGGCCUGGGUCCGGGGCUGGCAGGCGCGCAGGGAGUACCGGGCCGUGCUGAAGGCUGUGCGGGCCGUGCAAGGCCGCUUCCGGGCCCGGCGGGCCAGAGCACGGUUCCUGAGCGUGAGGGCGGCCGCAGUUACCAUCCAGAGGAGGUGGAGAGCCACACUGUCGGCCAGGAGGGCCCGUGAGCACUUCCUGGCGGCGCAGACGGCAGAACACAGAGCCAGAGUCCGGCUCCUGCGCUGGGCAGCCGCCGCCCGCUGCCACCUGGCUGCCGCCCGGAUCCAGCGGGCAUACCGGCGCCACGCGGACCGGCGCCUGCGGGCCGCCAUCUGCAUCCAGAGAUGGUUCCGGGCCAGGCUGCGGCUGCAGAGGUUCAUGCACAUCCGUCACAGCAUCGUCGCCCUCCAGCGCCAAGUUCAAGUGCAAGCUCGUGGGCGGCAGCAGGACCGGGCGGCCUCGGUGAUCCAGGCCGCCGCGCGCCGUUUCCUCCUCCGCAGGAAGCAGGAGCGGCUCCGCCGCGCGGCGGUGGCGAUCCAGGCGCUGUGGCGGGGCUACGCGCUGAGGAAGAGCAACGACUGCCCGAGAAUCACGGCCCUCCGCACCAGCCUGCGCGCGCUGAGCGGCGAGGUCCGCGAGGAGGACCGGCUGUGCCGGCGGACGGCGCUGGCCCUCCACCACCUGCUCACCUACAGGCACCUGUCGGCCGUCCUUGAGGCCCUGCGGCACCUGGAGGUGGCCACCAGGCUGUCCCCGCGCUGCUGCGAGGACAUGGCCCAGAGCGGUGCACUCCGGCAGCUCUUCCUGCUGAUCCGCAGCUGUAACCGCAGCGUGCCCUGCAUGGAGGUGGUCAGCUACGCCGUGCAGGUGCUGCUGCACGUGGCCAAGUACGAGCGGACGGCGGCCGCAGUGAGCGCCGUGGACGGCUGCGUGGACACGCUGCUGGGCCUGCUGCGCAUGUACCGGGAGAAGCCGGGCGACCGGCUCGCCGACAAGAGCGGGGGCAUCUUCACCAGGACCUGCUGCCUGCUGGCCGUCCUGCUGAGGGCGGCGGGCCCGGCCGCGGAAGCUCAGGUCAGGUCCAAGGUCGCCGGCUGUGUGAGCGGCAUCUACAGGCUCACGGCGCAGAAGCACCGAGCGGACCCGGAGCGGACGCUGCCCCGGCCCAGCCACGACUCCUCCGCCAGCCUGCCCCGCCUCUCGGAAAGCCCCGCCAGGGCCCGGCCGGUGGCCCGCCUCCAGCCGGACUGGGUCCUGAGGAGGGAGGCCGGGCAGGAAAUCACGACGCCCCUGCAGGCCGCGCAGCUGGUGAUGGACACGCUGGGCCUUCCUUACCCCUGACGGACGGACGGACGGACGGCCAGCGGGCAGGACAGGACGCCGUGGGGCUAAUCAUGGCUGCGAAAGUGCUUUGGACUUUUCCUAGAAACUCCUACGAUCAGAUAUUUGUAUUAAAAUGUAAGAAAUACUUAUACCAAUAAAGUUUGUACACUUGUCAUUGUUUCUUUU